UUCACCUGCAACUCUUCCGCUCCCACACUCCGAGUUUUUGAACGGCGACGAGGGUUCCGAUGUCCCCGGUCCCAUCGUCCACCUCUCUCUCGUCGUCUUUCUCCGUCCUUCCGCUCAAUCGAAGCCGUGCACAAACUCUCGCGGUCUCUCUUUCUCCAUCUCUGUUCUUGUGGUAGAAGAUAACAUGUGCUGCAUUGUGCUUUCCGUUCGUCCUGGAGUGAUUUUCCUGGAGAUGGUUCCGUCUAUCCUCCGGAAGGGCUCAUAAAGACGACCAAUUUGAGCCAUAAUUGCUUUGUUCUGAAGCUAUUCAGGCAAUGGCUCAUUCGGGGGAUCAAAGUAAUGAUGAUAUUCAAUUUCAUUGGGGUAAAAAAAGAGGAAUUGGUGCUACAAAAAGGGAUUAUCAAUUCUAUGAGUCAUUCACAUUUGAUAAUGUGAACUACUCAUUAUAUGAUUGUGUUUACCUUUUUAAGCACGGUGAGCCCGAGCCUUAUAUCGGAAAGAUAUUGAAGAUAUGGGAACAAUCGGGCCAUAAGAGAGUAAAGAUUUUAUGGUUUUUCCGCCCAAAUGAAAUUCGAAAUUAUUUGGGAGAUCAUGCACCAUCGGAGAAGGAGAUCUUUUUGGCUUCCGGUGAAGGUGUUGGUCUUUCCAAUAUCAAUGCACUGGAAGCUAUAGCUGGCAAAUGCUAUGUAAUCUGCACUUCAAAGGAUGAGAGGAAUCGACAACCUUCCAGCGAAGAAUUGACUAUGGCUGAUUACAUCUUUUAUCGCACAUUUGAUGUUGGAAGCUAUGAAAUAUCUGAAAAGAUAGCAGAUAAGAUAGCUGAUGUUGAAGUUAAGUAUCUUUUAAACUGGAAAGAGGAUCAGAAGCCAAAGUUCGAAGCAAAUUCUGGCAGAGAUCAGAAGUCGGAAGAUAAGCUUUUGAGGAAAAUGAUGUUGGUUGAUGACCCAGCAAAACCUUUGGAUGAGUUGCCCUCUGUAAAGGCAAAGCUUAGCGAGAAGAAAGCCAAACCUUUGGAUGAAUCCUUGAAGAAGGGAUCUCCUGCUGCUCCGGAGGACAAAGUUAUAAAAGCUGACCUUCAAACAGUGGGUGCAAAGAGAAGACCAGAUCAGAAGCCAAAGCCUGGAGCAAUAUUUGAAGGAAUUGAUCAUAAAGAUCAGAAGCCAAAGUUUGAAGCCAGUGUUGUAGAUCCAAAUUCAGAAGAUAAACCUUCGAAGAAAAUGAGAUUGACUGAUGACCUAACAAAAUCCAUAGAUAAGGCAUCUUCUGAUAUGUUGAAGCUUGGUGAAAGGAAAACCAAAACUUUGGAUAACUCCUUGAAGAAGACAUCUCCUGCUGUAAUAGUGGAGAAAGAUAAAAAAGCUGACCCUCAAACAUCGGAAGUAACCAGAAGACGUGAUAUAGAUAGAAGCAAGUGGUUCAAGGGACUUCCUUGGGAAGUAAGGAUGAAGAAUGCUGAUGAGCAAGGAACCCUUGUGUUUAUUGAGAAUUUUGAUCCACAUUAUGCAUCAUCAGAAAUAGAGGAUAUCUUCUAUCAUGCUUUCAAACAAAGUUGCAGAGCAAGGGUCAUUCAGCAGGCUACAUUUCAAGAUCCUAAUUAUGGUCAAGCGUAUGUGAUUUUUAAAACAAAGGAGGCUGCAGAUCAUGCUGUUUCAAAAAUCAACACGAGAUGUAUGAUGCUACCAGAUGGAAGGUAUUAUAAUGACUACAGUUGUUCCUCUUCCUCCCUCCUCUGGUUUGGUGCAAACUAUUGGUUUUUGCAGACCCCUUAUUUGCAGCAAAGGCAUGUUGCAGAUGCCACAGCCAAAAUCAUCCACAUUCACUGGUCAUUACUCAGUCAAGCUCAAGCCCCAAUUGCAACGAGAGGAAAUGAAAAGGGCUAUGUCAACUUCACACUGUUCCCAGCCUAAUACAAUUGAAUAUGAAAUGGCCAUGGAUUGGAUUCUUUCACAAGAAAAAUCUGUUAGAUGGUGGGACCGGUUAUUUAAGGGCCAUCGUUAUGAGCAGAAGCAAGGUAAAAAGAGCCUGAAGCUCAAGUAAAGAAGCAAUUUGGUGCAUCAUUUGCUAGCCGCACCGGUUUUCCCUUUUUCUAGGGGUCUGAUGGAACCUUCUAGUUUUGUUCAUGGAGAUUUUAUACUCCAGGCUGUUUUUGGAUUCUGCAUAUGAGCCUGGGAGAAAUUAUUGGGUGCAUCGAGUCUCUUGGUAAUGAUUCUUCAGUUUUGUUCAAAGAAGAAUGAGAUGGCAGAUCCUCAGCCAAUUCGGCAUUUGAGUCUUAUGAGGUUUAGAUGCUGAAAGUUCAAAGAACUGGAGUACAGCAGGCCACCAAAACGCCAGCACUUUCAAUGUAUCAAGAUCAAUAUCCACCAUCUGUGGGUUAUAAUAUCACACUCUGGUAGACUGGGCUAUCCAAGGUUGGCUACAUCAAUUUGUUUUCGUUCUGUAUUAUCCGUUGUAGCUAGGCCUUGCCAUUUGAACCCUAAAUGUUAUGAGCAAUCUAAUGUCAGAUGAGGUGUAAGAUUUGUAGGUCGUUGGAUGUAUUUACACUGACAUGAUGCACAUGAUCUAAAUUGAACAGAAAAUACAAUGAUUUUUUUGUGUAUGUGCUUUCUUUUAAUGUAUUAUCGAUGUAGAUUUGUUU